AUGACAGUAGAUGUUACUUGGUCGCCGGAAAAGCUGAAACAAGUGGCCGCAAAUGCGAUCGAAGUAUACGGAAGAAUAGACUAUUUGAUCAACAACGCUGGUUAUGUAUGCCAAGGCGCGAUUGAGGAGGUGAGCUGCCAAGAGACAUAUGACAUCUUUAAUACAAACGUGUUUGGUGUUCUCAACGUCACUCGGUCAUUCCUUCCCCACUUUCGUCAGCGCCGUUCUGGUGGCAUCAUAAUCAUAUCUUCUAUAACAUCAAGAUGGUAUCACCCCGGAAUGACCAUAUAUUCCGCUACGAAGGCAGCGGUAUCGACGCUGGGAGAGGGGCUGAAGGCAGAAGUUGAAGGUUUAGGUAUCAAGGUGCUCACGAUUGAUUUAGGGCAUUUCCGAACUCCAGUGCUUGAACGCGAUACAAACCUCAAGAGAGCUGCCCAGGUUAUUAUGGAUUACAAGCCCAUCAAUGGCUAUCUCGAAGAAUAUAUAGAGAGAAGAGCAGGCAAUGAGCCCAACGAUCCUAAGUUAGGGGUGCUACGAGUAAUCGAGAUAAUUACUCAAAGCGGUAUGGCUACCGGUAGAGAAGUACCAGCACGUAUCCUUCUGGGAGCUGAUGGGAAAGAGCCAUUUGUGAAGAUAUGUCAGGACAUAGUUAAGCAGAUUGAAGAGUGGAGCGACGUUAUUUGUUCAACUAGCUAUUGA